AUGCCGGUCAACGAAGUUCAGGGUGUGGUUUCUCGGGCAAAGGGUGCGCCCGUGGAACUCGUGCCCAUCCUGGUGCCCGACCCCUCGGAGGGCGAGGCGUUGGUGCGCGUCCAAGCCUGCGGCGUCUGCCAUACCGACCUGCACUACCGGGAGGGAGCAAUCAACGACGAAUUUCCGUUUCUCCUCGGACACGAGGCGGCCGGGGUAGUCGAGAAAGUCGGACCGGACGUCUCUAACGUUCAACCCGGUGAUUUCGUGAUCCUCGCCUGGCGCGCUCCCUGCGGCAACUGCCGGUCGUGCCUGCGCGGUCGUCCGUGGCAUUGCUUUGCCAGCCGCAACGCCCAGCAAAAAAUGACCCUCGCCGACGGCGCCCCAUUGUCGCCGGCUCUCGGCAUCGGCGCGUUUUGCGAGCUGACGCUGGUCGAUGCGCUCCAAGCGGUCAAGGUCGAUCCUUCCGCCAGUCCGCUGGCCGCCGGCCUCAUCGGCUGUGGCGUCAUGGCCGGCCUUGGCGCCGCCAUGAAUACCGGCAACGUCGGUCGCGGCGAUUCCGUCGCCGUCAUCGGCUGCGGUGGCGUGGGCAACGCGGCAAUCGCCGGCUCCCGCCUGGCUGGCGCUCACACCAUAAUUGCCGUUGACAUCGACGACCGCAAGUUGGAAUGGGCCCGGGGCUUUGGGGCCACCCACACCGUCAACUCGACCCAGACCGAUGCGGUGGACGCCAUCCGAGCUCUCACCGGGGGCAAUGGCGUCAACGUCGCCAUUGAGGCCGUUGGUAACCCGGUAACUUAUGAGCAGGCCUUCUACGCCCGAGAUCUCGCUGGAACCGUCGUACUGGUCGGUGUUCCUGACCCAACGAUGAAAAUCGAACUACCUCUCAUCGAGGUGUUCGGUCGCGGCGGCUCCCUUAAGUCCUCGUGGUACGGCGACUGCCUGCCCACUCGCGAUUUCCCCAUGCUCAUUGACCUGUACCUGCAGGGCCGGCUCGAUCUGGAUGCGUUCGUCAGCGAGCGCAUCGGCAUCGGCGACGUCGAAGCCGCGUUUGCCAGCAUGGAGCGCGGCGAAGUCCUGCGUUCCGUCGUCGUGAUGUAG